CAGGGCAAGCCGGGCAGCGUUUCGCACUGCACCAAACAUACGCGCUACUCGGCAGCGGAUUCCCCCCUCGUCUGACGUCAUACUUGACAGGAUGCCACUCAAAUGUCUAAGGGCUAAGGCCAAAUGCCUCGUGCAAACGGAACCUUUGUGCUUGCCCUCCCCUGAGCGCGACCCAUUGACGACGCAAGAGCAGCAGCUCUCUUCUCUGACGAGCGUAGGACAGGCUCAUCCGCGUGGACUUGUCAGAUCGGACUGCCGGUUACAGAAGUUUCCAGUUGGAAGUUCCAGCUAGCUACGUAAUUCUGCUUGCUGAGUUCCCAAACCAGGAUCUACACGCUGCUAAGUGUAGCCACUUAUGCGUGCCUUCGAGACAACUUUCCGUAGUACAUCUUGAUCGCUGGCGUUAAAAAAAAAUGGGCCCUGCCAGUUUAAGGUCGCCACGCGAAGUCGCAUUCUCUGGUCUCGCUGACUUCGGACUCCGCCUCCUACUGCUCUCCGCAUUGGGUACCUGCAAGUGCCAUGCGCUGUUCUUAGCGGAAGUCAGUCGCCCGCGGGUUCUCCUCUUCUUGAUCGACGGCCUGCGCUGGGACUACCUAGAGGAACCGCACCUGCCGGGCUUCGAAGAACUGGCUGAUACGGGAGUGAAGGCCGAAUACGUGGUGCCCGUCAUGCCGACAAAUUCGUACCCCAACUGGUACAGCAUCGUCACCGGACUGUACGCAGAGGAGCACGGCUUCGUGCAUAACUACAUGUACGACGAGAAGUACGAUGACUAUUUCUUGAUGGCGCCCCACCCAAAUGCAUCAAACCCGCACUGGUGGAACCACGCGGAGCCGGUCUGGGUGACGGCCGAGAAAAACGGACUCCGCACCGGCAUGUACUAUUGGGAUGGUUGCCAGGUGGAGAUAAGAGGUGUGAAGCCCACGAUAUGCUUUCCUUAUCGAAAUUUCGGCAAGUGGCCUACGGCUGAAAGGGACACUAAAGCGGCAAUUUCUGAGGCAGUGAGGAAGUUGAAACAGAACGCACUCGACUUUGCGCUUGUUUAUUACGAAGCCGUCGAUGCGGCAGGACACGAAUAUGGCCCGGACUCAAGGGAGCGCAAAGAAGCACUCAAGAGUGCCGAUUACCUGCUCAAGCAUCUGCUCGACGAAGCCACGAAAUAUAAUAUACGUGAUCAGCUCAGCAUCAUCGUCGUGUCUGACCACGGCAUGACGGACACAGGCUUUGAUAAGAACGACGUGAUCGACAUCGAGCCACAUAUUGACGACAACGACCUCCAUUGUAUGCUCGAUGCUGGGGCGUUCUCGAUGCUUCGACCACACAGCGACAAGAUAGACAAGGUGUACGCCAAGUUGAAAAGCCUGAACAUGAAGGGCCUGAACGUUUUCAGGAGAGAGGACCUGCCUGAGUCGUACCAUCUCAAGGAUUCGUACUUGACGCAACCCAUUGUGCUAACUACUGAUCCGGGUUACCUGCUCUUAAAGGCAAGCUCUCUGCGUCACCGAAAAAACGGUCAUAGUGUUUCAUUUCGGACACUUCUCACGAACUUCAUGCUUCUCUUGCAGCUCCGCCUUACGGAGAGUGAGAAGCAAAUGCCGAAGUCGAACAAGACAGUUGGUGGGGGCCACGGCUACGACCCCAUGAAGCUCGUGGAUAUGCGUACCGUUUUUCUGGCCACUGGUCCAGGACUGAAGCAAGGUUUUGAGAAUAAACCUGUGCGCAUGGUGGACCAUUACAACGUCAUCUGCAGGCAGCUGGGAAUCCAGCCACUCCAGAAUAGCGGAAGCCACGAUAAUAUCCGGGAUAUGUUUGUCGAUGGAGCUGCCAGCGGCAGCGCAGUCGCUUCAGUGUCAUUACUCCUUGUCCUGGACAUCCUGCUCGUGACACCUGUUUACUUAUAGUAGGGAUGACACUUAGACUCUCCAGUGAAAGCGAAAAAGAAUGCCUGACUACUGCCCUUACUGCAAACACUUCUCACCUUCGGUUGUAUUUUGCGCGCAUUUAACGCGUAACUCGGGCAAUUGUUUGAGGCAGUGCCGCAGCCAGAAGGGUUGUUUGGGGUGUUCAUCCUUGCCCCUUCACAUACACAAAUGAAAAAAAAAAGCUUUUUACGUUUUGUGAAUGUAUAUAAGGUGCACGUAUACAAACGAACGCACGAACACACUUGAAGUCGGAAGAUGUUUCCCCUUCACUCAUAGAAAAAAAAAACUAUGGCUGCGUCUCUGCCAUUAGGUGAUGUAAUCACCAUUUUUUUUUCUGUGGGCAAGCCUAAGUCGUAUGUUUUAGUCAUACUAGAUUCGCAAGUGCUGAAGAAUGUGACAAAGUUACUCGAGCCCAUCGAAUACCUAUUUUAUUGCGAUAGCAUUUAUAUGGACACUCUCGGCUGCAGUUUCCCGCCGGCAUCGGCGUCGAUGUCAUGCCCCGUAUAUGUAUACGUAUCAAUAUUAAUGAAAACGCAAAAAAGAAAAAAGUAUUGAAAAAUACACUCCCGCGCGGAAUCGAAAGUGUCACUUCUGCGUCGUAAAAGCGAGGCGUUAUCCACUGAGCCGCCCCGGAGCACGUCCUUCACCAUUCAAACGGCAAGCUAAUUAUACCUACCACUUACCGCUGCUCAUGAGU